CGCCAAUACACCCUUGCUCACAUGCACCCAAUCCCUAAAACCCCAGUUCCCAAGUUCCCCAGUCUCUUAUCUCCCCCAGUUAAGAUAUCUGGGCUUGGACCCCCAUUGCCUAUCCCACCACAUACAUAACCUCCGUUGUCCCUCCAUUAGCCUCCUCGGCCGCCUCCGACCCUCUUUAUCGGAGACAUACCGUUGGCUAUCUAUCUGUCUAGACUUGGCCAAUACAGGAGCUAACUGUAAAAGAGUCUAGGACAUUCGUCGAACGCUUUGGAUCGCCAUUAGUUAAAGACAGCUGCCUCCCGUCUGUCAAUUCAACUUUCAAUCUCGAGCUUCGCAGCACGCCGAUCACACUUGUCCCGUGGCUUUUGGGUUUUGCUCAAUUUUUGAAUACCUUUUUGUCACAUAGUCAUUGUCAACCCAAUCUUCAAGAUGGGUUGGAUGGACAAGACCAACCGCAAGAUUGCGGCCAGUCCUGUUGGACGUUGGUUCCAGCUUGAGGGUUCGGGUCAUCCUCGUGAACGCAAGGGCUCUCUCUUCUUCACUGAGAUUCGAGCUGGUCUCGCUACCUUCUUUGCCAUGGCCUACAUUAUUGCUGUCAACUCUUCGAUUGUUUCUGAAUCCGGUGGUCCAUGUAUUUGCCCUACUUACAAGGACGGUGCUUGCGUCCCAGACGAAGCCUACCAGCUGUGUGUUGCCGAGGUCAAGCGUGAUGCUGUCACUGCUACCGCUGCCAUUUCUGCUCUGGCUACUUUCUUCAUGGGCCUGCUUGCCAACCUUCCCGUCGGUCUCGCUCCUGGUAUGGGUCUCAACGCCUACUUCACCUACACCGUCGUUGGUCCCAGCGGCUCUGGCCCCGUCCCUUAUGAGCUUGCCCUUACAGCCAUCUUCAUUGAAGGCUUCAUCUUCUUCGGUCUUGCUCUCUUCGGUAUGCGUCAAUGGCUUGCUCGCGCCAUCCCCCGCUGUAUCAAGCUCGCCACCAGUGUCGGUAUCGGUCUCUUCUUGACGCUCAUUGGUCUCACUUAUAGCGAGGGUAUCGGUCUGAUUGUUGGUGCCGUUUCCACUCCUAUGGAACUCGCAGGUUGUGAAUCGCAAUACCGGGACCCUGACACCGGUCUGUGCCCUUCCUCCCAGAAGAUGAGAAGCCCUACCCUGUGGAUUGGCAUCUUCUGUGGCGGCAUCUUCACCGUAUUGCUCAUGAUGUACCGUGUCAAGGGUGCCAUCAUUGCUGGUAUUCUUCUUGUCAGCAUCAUCUCCUGGCCACGAGACACUCCUGUGUCAUAUUUCCCCUACGACACCCUUGGCGACGAUCGAUUCAACUUCUUCAAGAAGGUUGUCGAUUUCCAUGAGAUCAAGCACACCCUCAACGUCCUCCAGUUCAACAUUUCUGGCCACAGCGGCCAGUUUGGUCUUGCGCUCAUCACUUUCUUGUAUGUCGACAUCCUGGACUGUACUGGUACACUGUAUGGUAUGGCUCGUUUCGCCAACCUUGUCGAUCCCGUUACCCAGGACUUUGAAGGCUCUUCGAUUGCCUACAUGGUCGACGCCCUGAGCAUUUCCAUUGGCGCUGUUUUCGGUGUUCCCCCCGUCACUGCUUUUGUCGAAUCUGGUGCCGGUAUUUCCGAGGGUGGAAAGACUGGUUUGACCGCCAUGGUUGCCGGAAUCUGCUUCUUCAUUUCCAUCUUCUUUGCGCCGAUUUUUGCUUCCAUUCCUCCUUGGGCCACCGGCUGCGUUCUCGUUCUUGUUGGUUCUAUGAUGGUUGGCGCGGUUACUGAGAUCAACUGGCGUUACAUGGGUGAUGCUGUUCCUGCUUUCCUCACCAUUGCCAUCAUGCCUUUUGCGUACUCCAUUGCCGAUGGUCUGAUUGCUGGUAUCUGCACAUAUAUGUUGAUCAACACCGUCGUUUUGGUCAUCAAGGUUGUUUCCGGUGGUCGUAUCGUGCCUCCCAACUAUGAGGAGAGAGACGGCUGGACUUGGCGCAUUCCCGGUGGUUUCUUGCCCCCCUGGUUGAACCGACUUGCUCACGGAAAGAAGGACUUCUGGCGUGAGGAGUUCCCUCCUGCUGCCAAUGACACAACUGUGAACCAAAAUGCCGUGCCUGAGGAGACUGGUUCUGAUCAUGGUGGAUCUGAGGGCGGCAAGGUGCCUGAGACUACUCUUCCCCGUGAGAAGGAGACUUGAAAGGAUAUGGAAGAGUUUGCGGCUACUUAAAAAUGUCAGUAUGUUGAGUGAACGUAGGAGGAUCUGAAAGAUACCCAAGAAAACAAUAACAUGAUGUUCUGUUUGA